UUUUUCUGAAUCGAGCUACUUGAGCGAUGAUCGCCGCGUUCUCACGAACUCCGUGAGGAUUUAUCAAAACAAUGAGAUGAAUGCCACUUUUACCGGUUUAACUAUGGAAAUAUGAUGAAGUAAAUGCAAGAGGGUGAUUCUGAAGUUGAAGCUCCUGUGAAGUCUAUGAAUAAAAUGGGAUUUACGAACACCUAGUUAAUUUAUUAAUCACCGCUGGUCAAACUUGCCUAAGGUGAAGGAGAUAACUCUUUAACAGAAGAUGUUAUAAUGGGUUUUUUUCUGUGGAUUCUGCUCUUUUUACUACACUUCAGUGAGGGAAUUCACGGGGUACGGUUCACCAAAAACCCUUCCAACCAAACGGUGACUCAGGGUAACAUGGCUCGUCUGGGCUGUGCCUUUGAGGGUUUGAGUGAACCAGAGAUCAUCUGGAUGAAGGAUGGAGAGAAGAUCUACAGUGCUGAUCAGAUGUACAUCACACUAGAUGCACAUCACUGGGAGACCUUCCACAGUGUUAAAUCUGUGCAGCAACAAGAUGCCGGGAAGUACUGGUGUGAAGUUGAAUAUCACGGCACAAUCAUUUCCUCUGAGCCUGCUUGGAUUACAGUGGAAGGUGUGCCUCAUUUUGUGGUGGAACCCGAGGAUGUAGCUACAUUUGCAGGGGAACCCUUCAACCUGACGUGUGCUGCCUCAGGUCCUCCAGAACCUGUGGAGGUGUUGUGGUGGCUGGGAGACGAACAGAAGGGUGAUUUCACACCCUCCCCCUCAGUUCUCUUUGUUAAAGGUGUAAAUGACAGUAUAAAGUUUUACUGUGAGGCCAAGAACACUCGAGGCAUCUCCGUGUCACGCACAGGCACAGUCCACAUUAAAGUACGUCCCGAUUCCCCCCGGGAUGUCAAGGUACAUCAUGUGUCUGAUCCUAAUAUAACCGUAACAUGGAAUCCAGGUUUCACUGGGCACUCACAGCUUUCCACCUGCACUAUACAGGUGUCAAAGGGAUCUGGAAAGAAGUUAAAACUUCCUGAUCUGGAUGUUGUAGUUCCUCCCUUCCAGCAUGUGUUUGGUGGGCUCAGCAGUUACUCGAAUUACAGUGUGAGAAUCCGGUGUGAUAAUGAGGUGGGCUCAUCCCCCUUCUCUCCCUGGGUGGACUUUCACACUCCAGAGGCAGCACCAUCAGCAGCUCCAAAGAACUUUACCUUUGAACUCAGUGAGGAGCAGCUCACUCUGUCCUGGGCGGCACUGGAACAGGAGGAGCUUCGUGGAAAGUUACUGGCAUAUAAAGUGCAGUGGAACCAUGCAGGAGAGAAUCAGGAUCCCUUACUGUUUAAGGACAACUUUGCCCAUCUCUCGGGUGCAGGGCGAUUCUUUAAUGCCACCUUCCAGGUUGCAGCGUGCACAAAGACAGGAUGUGGCCCAUGGAGUCAGCCUGUUCUUGUGAUGCCCAUGUCAGCCACACAGGCACAGACCCAGAGGGGCCACAUGUGGGUGGGGCUGCUUUUCGGCCUUCUUGUGGCCACCCUAGUGGGACUCCUUUUGAUUGUACUGGUACGCAACAGAGGCAAAGAGACCCAAUUUGGGUCUGCAUUCACAGCUCCAGGGACAGAAGUACCAGUUUCCUUUACAGCUGCCAGGUCCUUCAACAGGCAGUUCCCUGAGCUCCCCGAAUCCACAUUGGACAGUCUAGGAAUCAGCAGUGAUUUGAAGGCCAAGUUACAGGAUGUUCUCAUCUCCGAAAGGCUCUUAACUCUGGGACGAAUGCUUGGAAAAGGUGAGUUUGGCUCUGUGAGAGAAGCUUUUCUCAAAUCAGAGAAUAACUCUGGGCAGAAGGUUGCUGUGAAAGUCCUAAAAACUGACAUUAACUCAUCCAGUGACAUUGAGCAAUGUCUGAAGGAGGCUGCCUAUAUGAAAGACUUCCAUCAUCCCAAUGUCAUUCCGCUUAUUGGUGUGAGUCUACACAGGAGAGCCCAGCAGCGGUUACCUGUUCCUAUGGUGAUCCUGCCCUUUAUGAAACAUGGAGAUCUACAUACAUUUCUUCUCAUGUCACGCUUCGGAGAUGAGCCAUUUACCCUCUCUCAGCAAAUUCUUAUCCAGUUCAUGCUGGAUAUUGCUCGAGGGAUGGAGUAUCUGAGCAACAAAAACAUCAUCCAUCGGGAUUUGGCUGCUCGCAACUGCAUGCUGAAUGAAAACAUGAGUGUGUGUGUAGCAGAUUUUGGUCUCUCAAAGAAAAUCUACAGCGGCGACUACUAUAGACAAGGGUCUGUCUCUAAGUUGCCUGUAAAGUGGAUCGCUUUAGAAAGCCUUGCAGACAAUGUCUACACAACACAGAGUGAUGUGUGGGCAUUUGGUGUGACCAUGUGGGAGAUCAUGACUAGAGGUCAAACGCCUUACCCAGGGGUGGAGAACUCAGAAAUCUACGAAUAUCUUAUCAAAGGAGAAAGACUCAAGCAGCCUCCGGAUUGCCCUGGUGACAUUUAUGAAAUCAUGCACAGCUGUUGGUCUCCUGUCCCAAAGUGUCGUCCUAGUUUCCAACACCUCAUUGACCAAUUGGAGCUCUUGUGGGCGAAGCUGAAUCCAGCUCCUGUAAAAGAGCCGUUGCUGUAUGUGAACCUGGAGGACGAGGAUGGAGAACAGGCCUCUGGGCCAGGGGCUGAUGUUGGGACCCGUAGUAGUGAGGAUCCCUCUUGGGGCGUACCGUGGCAGUGUGCAGGAAUAGAGGAAGACGAAAAGGACUGGCUAAUGGUGUCAUCAGGAGCUGCUUUUGCUAUUGGUGGAGACUACCGGUACAUCAUCGGCCCACACGCCAGCGGUAUUGAUGAAGAGAGCAGACACUCUGAUGAUGGUCUGUCGGAAGAUAUCAGGGACGAGGAAGAGGACAUCAUUAUUAAUGUGUGAUUUUUGUUGUUACUUUUCCCCAUGCUUACAUAAUCUCGUAGGUAAUAUGAUUGCACAAGUUGUAAAGACUCUUGUAAAAGAACAAUGAGUCCGUAAAAACAUUCCUGAGUCAUUUUACUGGUGAAAUUCCAGGAAUAAUACUUAACACAAAGAACUGUUAUCUAUGCUAACUCUUGAGGCAUGACGUUGACACAAUCAGCUGUUAAUACUUUUAGAAACAUGAUUUGACAAGUUUAUUUCAAUGGUAAUUAUUAAUUAUGACUGUAGCAAAGCCAGUGUUUCAACAAAUACAAUGUUUAGAGUCAGAUCUAUGAUUAAUGAAGUGUAAAAUGUUAUUGUACAUCCUUGUGCAAAUAUGUGUCUUUGUUGGUAUCCUGUCGGCAUUAUUUGUGUUUUUUUUUUUUUUACUUGUUAAGUGUCAAUCAUAUCAACAUAUGCGGUGCCUUUGUUUUAUAACAGUUUCUGCACAUUUGUUACAUUGCAUGAAGAAAUUCCAUUGGAUUUAUAAUGCAUACUAUGACAUAAGCUCAGACUGAUGGUUUCAUACUUGUACUUAAAUGAAUGUUCCGGGUUAAAUACAGAUUAAACUGUGCAAGCUGUAUGAUUGCUAAAUUAUUUUUAUGGAGCAGUGUUUUUGCAGCAGGGAACCCCUGAAAGAUUUGCCAGUAUCACUGCUGUAUAAUAAUACAGACAAAAUUGCCAUAGAUAAUAAUUUUGACUCUUAGUUUACAUAGAACAUUUGUAUUAUUAAACCUCCAUUAUAAGCAUGUUACUGUCAACAUGUUUUGUUUUGUGGGGGUGAGUCAAAAUUAUUUUCUGCAGUUGUUGCAUUUAAACCAGAAUAUUACAUUUACCUGUACAGCAAACCUUCAUUAGAGCAUUCUGAAGAUGGGAUAUCAAGGGACUUUAGGUUUUAUUAUGUGCAAGUUUCAUUUGUCUUAUGCUGUUAUGAUUUCUCCAGACAGCAGCAAGCAUUGCAGCACAGAAUGAAAGCUUGUUUUUGCUAAUUGUUUUUGAACCUGUUAAUGAGUUGUUUGAAUGAUAUCUUCAGUGUUUGUUUUUUAAAUCAGUAGCUUUUGUAUUUUACUUCAUCAGUGGAUGGCUGAAACUAGACCACGUAGCAAAUAUUGCCAUGUGUUGUGGAUAAAUCUGACACAUCAUUCAGUAUUAUUAACCCUUGUAAAGAGGGCUGUCUGCUUAUCUCAAAACAAUAAAAUAGGGAAAAGAAGAUGAUGUUAGCAUAUGAAAUACAUGCCAUGAAGAUUAAAUUUUAUUCCAGUUAAUUACAACAGAAUCAGAGACUGAUUAAAAUGCUAAAAUGGUUUUAUUAUGAUUAGAGCCAUACAGAGUUCAAACAAUGCCCUUAAUGUAAUGUGAGAAUGCUGCACAGAAAUAGUCAUGUCUAAGUUCUAUAUGUUGAUCAUUUGUGUGGUGCUUACAACUGUGAACUUGUAGAAUUGUAUUCCAUUUUCAGAAACUGUAAAUAAAUAUAUAUUCUAGACCCAAAA